GCGAUGGUAUGAAACCCAAAUCACAAGCUGACCCAAACCCAGCAAAUUGUUUGUUUCUAUGCGUUGGGACAAAUUAUCCCACUUUAUUAUCCUCUUCUUCCCCAAACAAUCUAGCCCAUCGUUAUUCUGCUCAAGACUGUAAGUCUAAAUUUUCAAUUCUGAGUAUCGCGAUGAGCUGCCUCCAUUGUUAUUCUCCAUUUCUUCCCUUGAAUUCCCAGCUUAAACACAAACAGAAACUGAAAGCCAAACGAUAUCUUCGGCUUUUCAGCACUGAAUCAGCUCCGAACCAGGUUUUGCAGACCCGAAACGUGAAUUCGAGGACAAAUGCUACCUCCAAUCCCCUUUUUAUUGCUGCUAAAGUUCCUCCAUCUCAAUCUGGUGAUAUUACUGUCUUUCUCGAAACAAGUGCAUUACUUCUGGUUGUUUACUUCUUAGCGAAUUUUGUGGCACCUUAUUUCAUCUCCAAGUAUUUUGAAUUCGACAAGAUUGGGGAAGACCAGAAGGGAAGUGAAAAUAAUGAUAACAAAGGAAGAUGAGGAUGAAGAAGAUAACAGAAAAUCAAGGCAAGGUUUCCCUUGUUAUGUUGUGGUCAUUUUUCACAAUAUUGUUGAAGCAAUGCACAUUUAUUACCAGAAAAAAAAAAUUGGUAAUUUUUAUCUACUUUGAAAUUA